AUGCAGAGGAGGUUGACGCCGCGGAUCCCGUUGCUCAUCCCGCGGAUGGAGAGGACGGUAGCCCAUGCAUUCGAGAAACAUUUCCCCAACGAUGAUGAAUGGAUUGAGAUCCAGCCCUCGAAGAUUCUCGGCCCGAUCUUGGCCAAGGUUGCGGCAGAGGCCCUCGUAGGUCCUGAAUUCAGUCAUGAUCCUACCUGGGUGGAUAUCUCGACUCACUAUACGGAAGCAGUGAUCUACUUCAGUACUGGACUAAUAUCGGGUCUCGUUCCUAAAGUCUUUGCUACCGCCGCAGCGCUGCGCAUACUCCCGACCUGGAUGCAAGGAGCUGUGGCACCGCUGCUCCCGACAUUGCGCGCCGUGCGCCGUUACUUGGCCCAGGCAAAGCGGCUCCUGAGUCCCCGCAUAUCGGACCACAUCAGGCGAAACGACGAUUCCGGUGAUAUUGAUGACUCCUCCGACGAAACCAACAUGCUGGCGUGGCUCGCAGGCCAGGCCAAAGGCAAGGAUCGCGACCCGGAAGCCAUCGCACAGGCACUGGUGCUGCUGUCGCUCGCCUCGGUGCACACGACACUCCUGCGUGUCGUCGGCGUGCUGUACGACGUGACGGCCGCCGGCCACGACCUGCGACGCGAGCUGCUGGACGAGAUAUACAUGGCCGGCGUUGCAGAUGGCGGCUGGGGACCCGACGCCUACGGCCGGCUGCGCAAGAUGGACAGCGUGAUGCGCGAGUCGCAGCGGCUCUCGCCUCCCGCUGUCAUCGGCAUGAAGCGCGUCUUUGUGCGUGAGCACACCUUCGCCGACGGCACGCAUGUUCCCGCCGGCGCCUACGCAUGCAUGGCCAUCCACGCCAUCGAGAACGAUGAGUCGCACACGCCGGACGCGGAUCGCUUCGACGGCCUGCGCAGUUUCCGCACGUGGGAGGAGGAGCGCGAGAAGCAGAUGGCCGGGAAGAGCAAGGCCAGUGCUAUCAACAGCAGCGGCGGUAAUCCGUUCCUCUUCGAGACACCAACCCCGACGAGCCUGAACUUUGGCUAUGGCAGGACGGCGUGUCCCGGCCGCUUCUUCGCCAGCCACGCCAUCAAGAUGGUGCUGGUCAAGUUGUUUGGCGACUACGAGUUCCAGUUUCUCCCUGGCAGCGGGCGGCCGCCGAACGUCAUGGCCCACGAGUUCAUGUUUACAUCCCCUGAGCAGAAGAUCCUGGUCAGGCGGAGCACGAAAGCACUUUGUCCGUUUUAG